GCCGGACGGGAUGGACUCAGUGACCAAAGCCACGUAAUAAUGUCAGUAGCUCGUUCAUCCGUCCAUGCCAAGUGGAUUGUGGGGAAGGUGAUUGGGACAGCAAUGCAAAAAACUGCUAAAGUGCGGGUAACCAGGCUUGUUCUGGAUCCCUAUUUAUUGAAGUAUUUUAAUAAGCGAAAAACCUACUUUGCCCACGAUGCUCUUCAGCAGUGCACAGUUGGCGAUAUCGUGCUUCUCAAAGCUUUACCCGUCCCACGAACGAAGCAUGUGAAACAUGAACUGGCUGAGAUAAUUUUCAAAGUUGGACGAGUCAUAGAUCCAGUGACUGGAAAACCCUGUGCAGGAACUACGUACCUGGAGAGUCCAGUCAGUUUAGAAACCACCCACCUAACCAAAAAUCUGGAAGAACUCAAUAUCUCUUCAACACAGUGAAGGAGGAUUGGAAGAGGGAGCCAAAGGGAAAGAUUUAUGUUUGCUAUAUGGAAAAAUAAAUUUUUCUAAGUUUCUUCACAAACUGUGCACUUUCUCUUCUGGUAUUUAUGAAAUAGCUAAAAGUAAAUGAAUAAAGGGCUUAUUGUAAUUUUUCAU